AUGAACCCCCACAAGGCUAACAAGAUUGACACCUCGCAAAUGAGCGAGCAGGAGCUGAAAGCGUUCAAGAUGUACGGCAAGGUGCCCGCCAAGAACCUCCUCACCAAGAUGCAGAAGGAGAGGAAGUACUUUGACUCGGGCGACUACAUGAUGUCCAAGGCCGGUGUCUCCCCGCCCCAGCCUCUGGGCACUGCCAUCCCGACGCCCGAAGGUGUCCCUCACGCCUCGCCGCCCCAGAACGGCCACCUGUCGUCGUCGCCCACCGGCCAGCCCAUCCCUUUCCCCAUGGGCGACCGCCGUCCCUCUGUCGCACUCGUCGGCGUGGGCAUCAGCCCCGACAACACCAGCGACCCCAUGGCCAUCCCCAACAGCCACCAACGGCGAAGCUCCGAGAGGCGAGUGGACCAUCAUCACCCCCUAACCACUCCGCGUAACCUUCCUCUGACGGCCUUCAGCCACAUGCGCAUCUCCCCACCCGGUACCCUGCGCGAGCACGCCCAGCCCCCUUCCUCUUACCCUAUCCAGCACGGCAGCUUUGGUUCGUCGCCAGUCAAGACGUCGGCCCUCGCCCGCCGUGUCGACGAGGACAUCGAGGUCUAG